UUCCCCCCCCAUCUGACAAGAAGAGAGUUCCGGGUUCUUUCCAGCCGAGAGCUGCUCGCUACUACUACUGCUGCUGUUUUACCACGGAGAUCACGACUGGACCAUGGCUCUUCUACUGGAUAACCAAUUCCGAGAGCUGCCUCCUGACAAGUCGGUAGACACAAAGUUAUUCUUGGAGGCCGUAUCUCACAUUCCUUUAUUUUUUGACUGCUUGGGAUCAAAAGUAUUCUCAAUUAUCAAAUCCGACAUUAAUGGCAAUAUAAUGAAAAUUAAAGCGGUGUAUGUUCAGGAUCCUGCAAAGUACGUCACCCUGCAACACAUCCUGGAGGCAGAGCGAGAAGCCCACGGAGCAGAAUGGCCUAAAGUUGGAGCAACAUUAGCUUUGAUGUGGCUGAAAAGGGGUCUCCGUUUCAUACAGAUUCUGCUGCAGAGUUUGGCAGAUGGGGACAGAGAUGAGAACAACCCCAACCUGAUUCGGGUCAAUAUCACCAAAGCCUAUGAACAGGCGCUGAAGAAAUACCACGGCUGGAUUGUGCAGAAGAUUUUUAAUGCAGCGUUACUUGCAGCUCCUUAUAGGUCUAACUUCCUUAAGGCACUGUCAAAGGGAGAGGAAGUGAAAGAGGAGGAUUGUCUUGCAAAUGUGCGUCAGUUCCUGCUUAAUUACACUGCCACUGUAGAUGCCAUCUACGAGAUGUUCACGAAUCUAAACGCAGAGCUGGACUACACUGUUUGAUGUCCUAGGACAUACGGUGACUGGAGAUGCAGGAGCGUCCUGCAUCGCUAUCUUCCACUAAGUCCACUUUUGAAAGAUGUUUUUAAUAGUUGUUUUAUUUUUUGCUUUCAGUGUGGUAUUUAUUAUUUUGAUUAUGCCUUACUAAAUAUUAAUACUGUAUAUUUGGUCCUAAAAUUAUUCAAUUGCCUUAAAUUUAAACAAUCAUUCUCGCAGAAUUUUAUGUUUUAUGUUCUUAUAUAUAAUUUCAAUUAAUUGCAAGAUUGUCAAAGCAACAGGGCAGCACUCACUCUUAUGCAGGAUUUUGUUACUGUGUGAGUUGCUGUUUUAUUUAUCACAUUAACUGGUGACUUUCACCUGUUCCAUCAGAAGAGGAAUACAAGACUGUAAACGCUGUUAUAACAGGAAAACAGCCCUGUUAAUACUUAACAUUCAGAUGUUCUCUGCCUCCUGAGCCCUGGAGUUCCCUCCGCUGUUAACCUGGGAGCAGCGGCCCCAGAAGUAAUUCUAAAAUUUUAAUGGUACAUUUCCAGUUGUAUAAGUGCUGGAAUCCACUGAGUGCCUUGGUGUUACUGAAUAAAUACAUAAUCUUUUCAAAGUAAGCUCAGAGUUUAUAUAUUUGCCAUCAAUUCUGUUUUAGAGAGAGAGAAUAUUUUUUCCCUUUGAACUGUGUGUGUGUGUGUGUGUG